GUUGUUGUUGUUUUUACCUUCCACUGGCUCCGGACCAUUAGGUAUUGUAGCAGCUGCGGAACAAGAGAGCAAGAAGUAUGGAGGACUUUGUCAUUACAAGGGAGCUAUCGACGAUAGGGGCAGAUCGCGUGCAAGGGUCGAAGGACGGCCGGAUAUUGAUUCAGGUGAAAAAUGGUAUAGUGCUGUUGAACACGAACGAGAACUGUCAUGGUAAACCCAAAGGUCUUUCGGACCUGUUUACUCUUGCCCGACUCAGUGUUCCGUCGUUCAAAUGUGAGAACUUUUUCAGGAAUGUAGCGCAUGAGGGAAUGCCUAAACUCGGAGAAGCUAAAGUGAAUUCAGGUGCUAAUGAGCCAAUUUCGUUCACGAGCGUGUCGGUUUCUGAUUCUGGCGUCAGCGAAAACUUGCAAUGUUUGUACCUAACUGUCACCGAUGCUUACAAUGGAAUUAUUUUCAACUAUGAGACGGGGUCACUGAAUCCGAUAUGCAUAUUGAAUGAUGAGAUAGCUGAACUUGAAAGCAUUGAAACAGACUCGCUGCUUACCGAGAACGAUAUGCGCAAACUACGAAUAAAUUAUUUGGUCUGGCUUAAAGGUAUUGACUACAAAUACCUGCAGAACCCUGUGUGGCCGCUUGCAACAAGUAGUUUAUUCAUCUGCUUCACCGAAGCCAGCGAAACAUGGGUCUACAAGUACGACUGUUUUACUAACUCUAUAUCCAGAGUAUUUUCGUUUGACCUGCACCUGGAUUCAGUGCAGAAUGAACACGUGCUAUACUACAAGGCUUCUGACUGGCUCGUGAACAAAAACACCGAGCAGGCAGAGCUCUAUUAUCAGUUUGCUGUUGUGACGUCGAAGAAUCGGGUUAUUGUGAGAAAGUGCUCCGUAGACCUAAGUGAAAACAGCUGGAGAGUAGAAGAGGAGGCAGUCGGAGGCACUGGAUUAGAGUUUGAUGAUUCUGUUGUGAAUAUAGGGAUUCAAUCAAUAGGUGGGAAAAAUAUGCUGAGUGUGGCGUUACCGAAUGCGAUCAAGAUGGUCACCUUGGACGAAGAUCCAAAGGUGGUGGAUAUAAGUCUCGAUAACGUUGUUGUGAUGGACAACUUCAUUCAGUUUGCAGAUUCAAGACAUAGAUCAGUUCUACACUCGAUUCUCACAAACAGAUUAGGAGAACUGCGACACAUCAAGCUGGAUAUGGAGAAAUUUGAGGUUGUUUCCAGUGGUAAGUACAACUACCAGCAGAUAAUUGAGUCCGAAGAGCUACCACUUUUUGAAAAACUGAACGACCUGAACUCGCUGGAUUCUUUCGUGAUUGACAGUUUGAACACGGACCCCACAGGGAGCCUCAUAUACAUGUUACAUUCGACAAGUCACCUGAAGUCGAAUUUCGAGUUCACCAACUCCAAGAAGGACCCGAUAAGUUUUGCCAUUGUGAAGGCGGACUGGAACAGGAGGGUGGAUUUCGAGGACGUCUCAAACUUCAACAGUAUUCUUUCGUCUCCGACAUACUGGAAAGGCAUGAGCAGCAUAAUGAAAGGGCUUCAUGUGGACGUGGAUGUGGAUGUGAAGAUGGAAGUCGAGGAGGCGGAUGCAGAUGCAGAUGCCGCCAGCAAGGCCGAUGCCGUCCUCGGCAACGGUGGCGAGCCAGCCACAAAGGACAGAUCGAGUCUGCUGAAGGAGCUGUUUCUGAGCCCGGAGCUCGACAAGGAGCGGGUUGCUAAUGUGAUAGGCGGGGCGUCCCUCAACAAGGCCUUCCGGCGGAAGAUCCAGCGCAUGAUUGCGACAGAGGUCCUGGCGCUCAUGGACGCCGACGUCCUCGACACGCAGAGUGAGGAAGACAUGUUCAUCUACUUCCAGUUCUCGAAGCUCGUGGAGCGCAAGAUCCCGGAGAAGUCCAUCUGCAAGAUGCGUGUCUACGGCACAAGCCUCAUCGAGAGCUUCGACGUCAGCCAGCUGGACAUCGACCGCUGUAUCGAGGCCGGCGGCGUCGUGCGGUCGCUAGAGGGCCACCCCUGGAAGCUCUGCGACGUCACCCUGCUGCCGAUCCUCAGUCCCGUGGUGAAGCGGUGUACGCACUGCGGCAGCGUGAAGGUCGGUGGUGGCCACGGUCGGGUCCUCGAGACCGUGUUAGAGGCCAGCCCCGUGUGCGUCUUUUGCGGCGGCCGCUACGUGUAGACUAACCGGAGCCAGAGCGCCUUGCCGACGUAGAUAUAUAGCCGGAUAGCCACAUAACC